AAACGCAGUCGCCGCACGUCCUUUUCAUUGAGCUAGUAUUUGAAUAAGGAAGAUGGCGGCCGCAGCAGUGGUUGAAUUCCAGAGAGCUCAGUCUCUCAUUAGCACGGAUCGGAACGCGUCUAUCGACAUCCUUCAUUCAAUCGUGCGGCGAGACGUCCAGGAGAACGAUGAGGAGGCCGUCAGGGUUAAAGAGCAGAGCAUCCUGGAGCUGGGAACACUCCUGGCAAAGACGGGGCAGGCUGCAGAACUCGGGGGUUUGUUGAAGUUUGUGAGACCGUUCCUGAUUUCCAUCAGCAAAGCCAAGGCGGCCCGUCUCGUCCGCUCCCUGCUGGACCUUUUCCUGGACAUGGAGGCAGCGACCGGGCAGGAGGUGGAGCUGUGUCUGGAAUGCAUCGAGUGGGCAAAGGCGGAGAAGAGGACCUUCUUGCGUCAGGCUCUGGAGGCUCGGCUCGUCUCCCUCUAUUUCGAUACCAAAAGAUACCAGGAGGCCUUGGCUCUUGGCUCCCAGCUGCUGCAGGAGCUCAAGAAGAUGGACGACAAAGCGCUCCUCGUGGAGGUCCAGCUGCUCGAAAGCAAGACCUACCACGCUCUCAGUAACCUGCCCAAGGCCCGCGCCGCCCUCACCUCGGCCCGAACCACGGCCAACGCCAUUUACUGUCCCCCAAAGCUCCAGGCGACACUGGACAUGCAGUCAGGGAUCAUCCACGCAGCAGAGGAGAAGGACUGGAAGACGGCCUACUCCUACUUCUACGAGGCCUUCGAGGGAUACAACUCCAUCGACAGUCCCAGAGCCAUAACAGCACUCAAAUACAUGCUCCUGUGCAAAAUCGUGCUCAGCUCACCCGAGGAGGUACAAGCUCUGGUCAGCGGCAAACUGGCCCUCCGAUAUGCCGGGCGGCAGACAGAUGCACUGAAAUGUGUUGCACAGGCCAGCAAGAACAGAUCAUUAGCAGAUUUUGAAAAGGCGCUGACAGAGUACAAAGCAGAACUAAGGGACGAUCCCAUCAUUAACACUCAUCUGGCCAAACUGUACGACAGUCUGCUGGAACAAAACCUCAUCCGAGUCAUUGAGCCUUUUUCCAGAGUACAGAUAGCACACGUAUCAGAUAUAAUCAAACUACCAAAAGGUGAUGUCGAGAGGAAGUUAUCACAGAUGAUCCUGGACAAAAAGUUUCACGGAAUCCUCGACCAAGGCGAAGGGGUCUUAAUCAUAUUUGAAGAGCCGCCGGUGGACAAAACAUACGAAGCAGCCUUGGAAACAAUUCAGAACAUGAGCAAAGUCGUGGACUCGCUUUACAACAAAGCUAAGAAGCUGACAUAGAGCCGACUCCCCGCUGGCCACGAGAUGGAGGAACUGUGUGUGUGUGUUUUGACCAGCAUGUGUAACUUUUUUUUUUUUUUAAAGGGGACAAAUGUGGGAGAGAAACAAACAGGAUUCCCCCAUCCAUACUUUUCAAACGGACAGUUUCAUCACUUCUCUCGUUAUUUUUAUUUUUUUUGUUGUUUAUUUUUUUCCCCUCUCUGAUUUUGAUAUCUCUUCAGGAUUCUGUAUAACAGUCAACGGCCGACUCAGGCCAUCAGGGAAUAUUGUACAACUGCAUCAAAAAAAAGAGAUUAGUAGGUUUAGGAACACAUAUAUGUUUAUAUCGGCUGUAAGGCUGGUCCUGCCAGGCCUCCAGCUGACUCCAGCGCAACCUCACGGGUGCAACAUCGGCCUCCGCGGCCUUCUGCUCUGCAGCCCUGCUGAGCAAGGCCUCUGUUUUUCUUUCUUUUUUUUUUUUUUUUUUUUUUUUUUCCCCCCUUCAUAUCCUUCACAAGCGAACUGGGACGUUUGAUAUUCCUUCAGCGCACUGAUGCCAACAGUUGACUCCCCUCAGUAUUUCAGCUUUGUAUGAUUUGGUUCUAGUUUUAGCGUUUUUUUUUUUGUUUUGUUUUUUUGCUGAAGGAAAA